AUGAUGACUAAUCAUCAAAGGAAACCCCUCUCUCUAUGCCAACUCACCCCGCAUGUGACGUGGGAGACAAACAAAAAAGACCUUUGUCCAACUUCGCCUCUACAACAUCAAUUCCAUCCCUCAAAGCACGCCUCCGUCUCUAUCGCUCCCUCGACCAUAACCUCCAACAAAAUGGCUGAAAACAAAACCAAAUACCCCAUAGAACCCGGUCAACCCUCCCCCCUCCCCAACUUCACCCGCUACAUCACAACCCACAACCCCUCCGGCGAAGCAACCAUCCACUCCGAAUCUCCUGCCUCAUGGGUCUCCCUCCGUGAAAAGACCAUCGGAUUCAGCGUCGCAUACACGACCUCCGAGUUCCCUGCGAACCUAAACAGCGAUGCCGAUCUCGUCAAAAACCAACAGGUCAUGGACUCGGGGUCUCUAGGACUUGUCAGCCCGGGCGGAACAGUCUGUCGCGUGGUGGACUUUGCGCCUGCAAGUCCCGGCGUGAUGCAUCGGACACAGAGUCUUGAUUAUGGAAUUGUACUGGAGGGUGAGAUCGAGAUGUUCUUGGAUUCUGGGGAUAGGAGGUUGUUGAAGAAAGGGGAUAUUGCGGUGCAGAGGGCCACGAUGCAUGAGUGGCGGAAUCCGAGCAAGACGGAGUGGACAAGGAUGGUGUUUUUCUUGCAGGAGUGCCAGCCUGUGGUGGUUGGGGAUAAGCAGUUGAAGGAGGAUUUGAAUGGGAAUGAUGAUUUGAACGCGAAGUAG